UAUAAUGAUAACUACAUGUGUAUGUGGGGGGGUGGGGGCGUUACCAGCCGCUCAACUGUUCAAACCCCACCUCCAGACAAGUUAGUGUCGGAGAAAGCAGCCGCACCUCCUCUGCCUGCAGGCUUGUCCCGUCUCCGCUCCCGUCUCCGGUCCCGCAGCAGCAUCAUGGCGCUCCGCUAUGCGCUGACACUGUUCUGCCUCUUUACUCCGCUGUGCACUGCGGACUCUAAUCUGAGCAGUCACGUCGUUUUGGAGCCCUAUGAUUUCCUCUUCGACACGGCGGUGGAAGCCUACUAUAAGGGGGACUGGUUGUCGGUGAUCCUGAACAUGGAGAAGGCGCUCAGGAACAAAGCUACGGUCCGGAGUGUGAAGGCUCAGUGCCGGCUGAGCUGCGCCAACCAGACCGCGUUCGGCGAUCGUCUGGCCGGCUUGGGAGUUCCCAUACCGGGGGCCGGCUCUGUGGAGGACCUGGGCUUCUUCCAGAAAAUCCUGAAACGUGCGGACUGUGUGAACUCCUGCGAAACUGAGAAACUGGGUUCACCGACUCUGCAUGAAGUCACUGAAGACGUGGAGCUGGAGUUCAACAAGAGGACCCCCUAUAAUUACUUACAAGUCGCAUAUUUUAAGAUCAACAAGCUGGACAAGGCGGUGGCCGCUGCCAACACGUUCUUCCUGGCCAACCCGGACCACAUGGAGAUGAAACAGAACCUGGAGUACUACAGGAUGAUGGCAGGAGUACAGCAAGAGGACUUCAAAGACCUGGAGGCCAGGACACACAUGGCCGAGUUCCUGCUGGGGAAGACUUAUUACAGCGACGACUCGUUCGGCCUGGCGGCUGAACACUUCGAAGUGGCCGUAGAUGAGUACUUCACUGCCGAUAAGGAAUGCAGAGCGCUGUGUGAGGGAGCCUACGACUACGACGGAUACAACUACAUGGAGUACAGCGCUGACCUGUUCCAGACCAUGACAGACCACUACAUGCAGGUACUGAAAUGUAAGCAGAACUGUGCAGUGGAGCUGGCCGCGACUGCUGGCAGAGACAAGCCCUUUGAGGACUUCCUCCCCUCGCAUUUCAACUACCUGCAGUUCUCCUACUACAACAGUGAGAAGUAUGAGCAGGCCAUAGAGUGUGCUAAGACCUUCCUGCUGUUCCACCCUGACGAUGAGGUGAUGAACCAGAACCUGGCUUAUUAUUCUGCCGUGCUGGGUGAAGACAAGGCAGGAACCAUAUCAGCCAGAAAGGUGGUGAAACUGUACAUUCAGCAGUCCAUACUGGAAAAAGAGCUGCUCUACUUUGGAUAUGAAGCCUUCGGAAUCACCUUUGUAGAUCCAGACACAUGGACUCCUGAAGAUGUCAUGCCUAAGAAACUGAGAGACAAGCAGAAAGCCGACAGAGAGACUGCAGCGAGGAUCACAGAGGAAAUAGGAAACCUAAUGAAGGAGAUUGAGACUCUGGUUGAGGAGAAGAAGAAGGAUUCUUCCGACAUGGCCAUAAUGAUAGCGCCACAGGAAGAUGGCACUCUGCUGAAUGAUGACAUCAAGGUGACCAUGACGUCCAAGCAGCUGAACGGCUCUGAGCGGGUGCUGCUGGAUGGGGUGAUCAGCCAUGAUGAGUGCAGGGAGCUGCAACGCCUCUCCAAUGCAGCUGCUGUGAAGGGUGAUGGCUACAGGGGGCGCCCUUCCCCCCACUCCCCCAGUGAGACGUUCCAGGGAGUCACUAUCCUGAAGGCUGUGAAGCUCGGACAGGAGGGGAAGGUUCCGCUGAAGAGCGCUCGUCUGUUCUUCGACCUCAGCGAGAAGGUGAGGAAGGUGUUGGAGUCGUACUUCCGCCUGGACACUCCGCUCUACUUCUCCUACUCCCAUCUGGUCUGUCGCUCUGCCAUCGAUGAGAAGCAGGAGGACCGGAAGGACCUGAGUCACCCUGUUCAUGUGGACAACUGUCUGCUGGUCUCUGAGUUUAACACGUGUAUAAAGGAACCUCCUGCAUACACACACAGAGACUACAGUGCCAUCCUUUAUCUAAACGAUGACUUCGAAGGAGGAGAUUUCAUCUUCACUGAGUUGGAUGCUAAAACAGUCACGGCCGAGGUGCGCCCACAGUGCGGCCGCGUGGUCGGGUUCGGAGCGGGGAAGGAAAACCCCCACGGUGUCAGAGCGGUCACCAAGGGUCAGAGGUGUGCUGUGGCGCUGUGGUUCACCCAGGAUCCUGCUCACGAGGAAAAGGAGAGAAUCCAAGCUCAGGAUAUGCUGAAGAUGUUUUCUACCCCUGUGAACGCAGAGUUCAUCAAAAAGGAGGGGCCUGACACCUCCGAGCCGACGCCACCAGAAGCUCCUGCUCAGGCUGACCCGGAAAAAGCAGACGAUAAGCAAGAUGGUGCACCAGCAGACACGCAGGCCGACAAACCAGCCGACUCGCCAAAGGACAAAGCAGAGGCGAAACCAGUCAGCAAAACGACGACAGGCACCAAAGCCAAAGCUCCUCCUAAAGCAAAGGCCAAAGCUGGAGACCAAGCGAAGACCAAGACAGCAGACAAAGUCAAACCCCCUGCUAAAAAAGAUGGAAAACAGACGGUUAAAACACAAACCAAGCAGGUGGACAAAAAGGAUGCAAAACUAGCUGCAAAAAAGACAGUAAAAGUUGCCGCCAAGAAGGACUCCAAAACAACUAAAGCUGACGCCGCGUCGGCCUCGGACUCUCAGAACGGCAAGGAAGAGCUGUGAUCAAACAGCAGCUGUGACUGGGUCUCUUUCCAAUAGGUCUUCUCUGUGGGUGGCUGCGUGACAGCGCAGUGAAAGGUUGACUUCGUAAAACGUUAUUUGUCUUUUAACGAAUUGGUUAUGGUGGAGGAUGGUAUUAUGCUAAAAAGGUCAGAACUGAAAAAUACAGAGCGACUGCAGACGUCACUGAAAUCAUUGCUUGAGUCUUUGGCUUGUUAACUGUCUGCUAGAGUGCCCAAAUCACUGUAACCAUCUUCAUUUGGCAUCCAAAGCUAUGUAUCUGUUUAGAUGGUACAAUCUUCAUCUCAGUUUUCAACCUGAAUUUUUUGUAGCUGUUUUCUUUUAUUUGUGAUGUCAUGUUGUGGAACCAAGCACGGGUGGGUUAAGGUGUUCGGGGGGUUAAUAUGAGCAGAAUAUUUCUGUUGAGAACCUCAAAUCAACUGUGUGAAUCAAUGAAAUAAAAGUGAUGUUUCUAAA